AUGGAGGAGCUUGGAUAUACUCCUAUCAUGGGCACAUCGCGUGCUGCAUACGUUGCUUUCUCUUUAGUUGACUCGGUGGGCAGCCCAAAGUUGAGAGAGAUAACAGAUAGCGAAGGAAUGAUUCCUAGGAAACUAUGGACACAAUUAAGCUCACGCUUCUCCCGCUUCGCUGGAAUCGACAUUGUACCUGCAAUGUACGAGGAGUCUCAGAUGAGGGUUGAUAAGCCAUCUGAAGGACAUAACCCGGCUGGAUGGCAUAAGGACAGCUACCCAUAUACCUGUGGGAUCAUGCUGAGUGACACAGAGGGAGGAACAGCAUUCGUGCUCCAAGGCUACCACGUUCCACACAAGAGAAUGCCGUUUUUCGGUGCCGAUAAAAUAUUCACGGCAAUAGCCCCGUUUCGGCCUCGUUCAUCCUUUGAAGUCGAUGAAACCUACCUUGGAACAUGCCAGCCAAUGUUCAAUACCACGCCUUAUACUAGUCUUAUCAAGUACCGACUUGAUAUGAUUUGUGAUAUCGGUGAACGGAACUUAGAACACUCUCCAGCCGACGCUGCAAAGAAGAUUCUAUUGCUUCUGAAGCGAACUUUCACCGAAAUAUGGAAUAACAAUGAUGACUUCUCGAAUCCAAUCCAACUACUAGGAAAUGUAGUAAACGCAGCGAAAAGGCAGGCAAAAUUUCUUGAAGACAGGCUCGUUAAAAAGCGAGGACCUGUGAAAAAGGAAGCCAUGAUUGCGUUUCUAGCCGAAGCAAUAUGCAUUGUAAAGCGCGCAACAGAUACUCUCGGGAUACAGAGGCUUGGCGUUUAUCAGAAAAAGGAAAGUAGGGUUGGAAGGGAGCACCUUGUUCGUCUUGCGACUCCUAGAGACCUUAACAGACUCGCUUUUGUCCUUAUGACUGGUUUCUCUUUCUCACCAGUCAACCAGUAUCUGCGGCCGAAAUAUUCAGAUCACCCUGGAGAUACCUACUAUGACUACCUCCUCCAGAUAGUGGGCCACUUCCUUAACCCUACCACUUGGAUUUACGUUUCAGAAGAUUCCUAUGCUCCCGAGGAGGAGAAACAUAUUCCUGAGGCCUUUCCAAAAGACUUCUUGUGUCUAGCGACUGGCGAUAAGGUUAUCGCUGGUGUCGCCAUCUGCAGCGGUCUUGAGCACCGGAAUAUAGAAAAGAAGGAGCGAGAAUUCUUGGAGAUAAUCAAGGACAACACUAAAAGUCAAGCUCGGGACAAGAACCUACUUGCGGAAGCAUCCUAUACCAAGCAAACUAGGGCCGAAAAAGAAAAGAUAUUUGAGGGAUGUAGUACAAAGGUCGAAGUUUUGGUUGUGCAACCUAGCUAUUUUGAUCGCGGUCAUGGAAAAGCACUUGCCUCUGCAUGCACAGAAGCAGCGGAUAUAAACAAGAGCAAAGCUUGCGUAUCUGCUACCAAGAACAGCAAAAAGAUAUUCAAGGAUUUGGGAUUCGAGUUUGAGGAGUUAGAGGUGACAUGCAAGUCUCCAUUCUCAAUAUUCCUCGGAAAACGCUAGCUCACUUUUAGCUGCGAGGAAAGUGGAAUCGGCGAUGAUGGAUGAGACUUGAUAUGGCAUGUACUGUACACUGGGGUGGUUUCGAGGUAGCGAAGCUAAGCGAGAAGCUUAGCACCUCCUCACUUCUUCUACUCAGAGAUUGCCUACUUACCUACU